AUGGAACCAUAUCCAUGCGGUGAUCCUCGGUUACCACAUCAUUUAUUUCCACCAAAAAAAAUCACACCUGAUGAAUUAACAAAACGAACUGGUGUACUUUAUUUUAAGGUUGACACAGAAGAUCAAGUAUCAAUGUCAAAACGAAUUGCUUUACUUAAAAAAGGACGAAAAUUAACAAAAGAGGAUGUAUAUACAUUGAAUGCUAGAAGUAUUACAGAUUUUGAUGAUAAGAUUGAAGAGUUAUAUGAAGAAACUCAAUUAAACAAUGAAAUGGCUGUGUUUGUCAUCGAAGGUUCUGCUUACUACGAUGUGGAAGAUGAAUGUGACAAUUGGUUGAGGAUUUUAUGUGAAUACGGUGAUUUACUGAUAAUUCCGGCUGGUAAACUUCAUAGGUUUACGACAACAACUGAGAAUUUUGUCAAAAUGCGUCGUUUUUUCAAGGCAGACAAACGUUAA